UCUCUGAAGAGUACCAAUUCGAGCAGCAAUCUUGCUAUCAAAGAAAUCGAAUUCCGAUCGGAGCGAGAGAAUGUCAGGGAUGGAGAGAUUGCAGAGAAUGUUCGCCGGUGCCGGAGGAGCGUUGGGACACCCGCCGCCGGACUCUCCGACUCUCGAUUCAUCGGAGCAAGUCUACAUCUCUUCGCUUGCCCUCCUUAAAAUGCUCAAGCACGGUAGAGCCGGAGUUCCUAUGGAAGUGAUGGGAUUGAUGUUGGGUGAAUUUGUGGAUGAGUACACUGUUCGCGUCGUUGAUGUAUUUGCGAUGCCGCAGAGUGGUACUGGUGUCAGUGUCGAAGCGGUCGAUCAUGUUUUUCAAACUAAUAUGCUUGAUAUGCUUAAACAAACUGGAAGGCCGGAAAUGGUGGUAGGAUGGUAUCAUUCACAUCCUGGAUUUGGCUGUUGGCUCUCUGGUGUGGACAUCAAUACUCAACAGAGUUUUGAAGCUUUGAAUCAACGUGCUGUGGCAGUUGUGGUGGAUCCCAUACAAAGUGUUAAGGGGAAGGUGGUCAUUGAUGCCUUCCGCUUAAUUAACCCACAAACCAUGAUGCUUGGCCAAGAGCCAAGGCAAACAACGUCCAACCUUGGACAUUUGAACAAGCCAUCCAUUCAAGCAUUGAUCCAUGGGCUGAAUAGGCAUUAUUACUCAAUAGCCAUUAAUUACAGGAAGAAUGAACUUGAGGAGAAAAUGCUACUGAACCUGCACAAGAAGAAGUGGACUGAUGGCUUGACACUGCAACGAUUUGAUACCCAUUCCAAGACCAAUGAGCAGACUGUUCAGGAGAUGCUAAACCUCGCUAUUAAAUAUAACAAGGCAGUGCAGGAAGAGGAUGAGUUGCCACCAGAAAAACUAGCAAUUGCGAAUGUGGGAAGACAGGAUGCCAAAAAACAUCUCGAAGAACAUGUCUCCAACUUGAUGUCAUCAAACAUAAUUCAGACUUUGGGCACCAUGCUCGACACAGUUGUGUUCUAGGGUUCAGUGUUUGAUUCUCCACAGGAUUGCAUUUUAGUGGCACUUAAAAAGUUGAAAACAAUGUGGGUAUGAUUGGAACUCCUUGAACUGCUAGAAAUGUUUCAUUAUUUAGGUAGAAUCAUAGGUGGAACAAAGCUUAUGUGGGUAAGCAAUGCUAUCAUGAAAUAGUUUUUAAUCUUAUUCAAUUGUCUCUUCCUGAUUUGUAUUUCUAGCUUGGUUUGAUUUGAAUAUUCUCCUAAGCUACAUUCGUUGAAUGUUUGUAUUUCAUUAAAGAAAGUGACAGCUGUGACAUUUAAGAAGUCAAUUCAUUUGGCUUUUAA